AUGGCAUUUAUAUGGAAUGCGAAAAAUAAUUUUAUUCUUUUACAUUUUGUUACACUUCAUCAACAACAACAACAAUCAUCAAUAUCAGAUAUUAAUUGGUCAUCAAUUGUAAAUGAUAUUAGUCUUGAAAUUUGUUCAACUCCAACUUUAUUAAAAGAUCAAUACGAAUAUUUAUUAGAAAAUUUUUAUCUAAAACAAGAUUCAAAAUCUCUUUAUUCAACAUUAAAACGUAUUUAUUUACAUUCAUUAUGUCAAAAAAUAGAAGAUAAUUUACAUUCAACACUUGAAGUUGUCUAUGAAUUAAUAAGACAUGUACGUUUAAAACGAAUUAAUAUUGAUGAUAUUGAACAAUUGCUUAAUGAAUGGAAUUUUGAUUCUUCAUCUGAUGAUCAGAAAAAAAGUAAAGAUCGUCUUUUGGAUAUAUUAAAUCGUAUUCGUCGUUAUAUUCAAAUUCUUCCGAAAAAUGAUGAUCAAUCAAUUGAUCAGAAUCUAACAACAUGUUCAAAUACAAAAGAACAAUCGAUUGUUCAAGAAGAUUUAGAAACAGUAUCUGAUAAUAAUGAUGAUAUUUCGAUGACAUAUGUUCGUAAAAUAAAACAAAAACAAUUGAUAAAUAUCGAUAAUAAUCGAAUUAUUAUAAAUAAAAUUGAACGAGAAAAAUCGUCUACAAUUCGUCGUCGUUGUCAAUCAUUAACAUUAUUUGAUGGAAACAAAGAUAAUAAACUAAAUAUUGGAGUAGAAUGGUUUGUACCAAAAUUAAAACGUCAACAGAGAUCUUCAUCUUUACAUGCUCGAUGUCGAUCACCAUCACCAAAUGAUUCUUUAUUACUAAAAAAUCAAAAUAUUAAAUGUAAAAAUAUACUACUAACGACUAUAGACAAUGAUGAAUCUUCAAAUUUGAUGAUUAAUUCAAAUGUUCGACAAACACAUACACAGCCAAGUAUUUCUUGGUUACCACUUACAAACGAACAGGUUGCAGAAAAAGAACAUCGACAAAAAGAACCACGAUUAUUAAUCGACAAUCAACAAUGUGAUCAAAUAUCUUCAGAUUCUGAGUCGAUGGAAUUUCAACAAGCAUCAUAUCAACAGGAACAUAAUACAUGUAAACGGCAACGUCUUUCUUGA